CCAGAGGUCACACAUGAUUCCAAUAUGGACGCUUCCAGUUGAAACGUUACUUGUUGUGUGAUUUAAAAAAAAUAAUGUUUGUUGUUUAAUUUAUUUUGAAGACCGAAUACAUUCUAAUUUAUAUGGAAAACCUGGCGAUUCCUGAAGAGAGUGUAUGAGCUGUCAUUUACUUCUGCGAUGCCUUCACUCAAUGUUGUGCCAUGUUUGCGAAGGCUGCAAACCUGCUACAUGGCUCUCUUCAAAAACAGACCCCAUCACUGGACUGUGUCUUCUCAGAGCAGAGCUUUGCACUAUACUGCUUGUGAGCUGCAGUGUUCAAGCUCAGACUCUUCUUCUACUGUCAGCAGUGUUAACCAGACACAGACUGUCCCAGAACCUGCGGACGAGGGCCCUCCAUCUCCCCCCAGCCACUGCUGCAUGAGCGGCUGCCAUAACUGUGUGUGGAUCGAACAUGCUGAGAAACUGCUGAAAUAUUACAGCGAUGGGGGAGACAGAGCUCUAGCGGCCAUUGAGGAGAACGUUCUCGAUGACAACCUGAAGGCUUAUCUUAAAAUGGAGAUCAAGUUACUGAAGAACAAAUCUUGAUUAUAGUGAACAUGGACUGUUGAACGUCACUGAGAACAGAUUUAUAAUGUUUCAUAGCAAAAACUAUUUUCACAUUUUAAGGGGUGAUUCUGUCAAAAACACAUCAGGGUCAUAUUUCACCCCCAAAUCAAAAGGAGAAAUAUGUAUGUAUAUUGCACAAAGACCAUAAAUCUUAAUUCUAGGAACAUAAACAUUGUUUGCAUUUUUUUCAUGACAUUUAGCACUCUCCUUUUUUAUGUUUUAUUAAUUUUGGAAAUGUAAAAUUUUUGGAAAAAUGAAAAAAGAAAAUUAUACAA